CUUGCUUAUGGUACAUAUACCCGUGACUCCAUUAGACACUACGCACUUAAAAGGUAAAAUAAACCUGAAGCAUGUGCUUUCCCCUCUAAUUAUCUGAUGUCAUGUGAUGCCCCACUACGAAACGUUGGGCACGUUUGACGAGUUGAGGGGCGCACCCCGCGCAAACAGAAACCAUAUCAACACGUACGAUUUCUUCGUAUAGUACACCUGGAAAGACCUCAUACGCGGGGCAGCGGCUGAUCGACCCGAUAACUAUACAAUCCGAAAUCAACGUGUCAUGGCUGGAAAUGUCGGGGACAAGGCAUUGCAAGGGGAGUGGGAAGAGAUUUCAGUUUAUAUAUUUGAAAUCAAGGAGUACAUGAUAAUGGAAUUCGAAGGUGUUUCAUGCAACAUUCUGGAUGGAGAAGGAAAGCAACAAGCGGGCCCCUUCAAUGAGAAGAAUGGUUUGGUGGAACACCCCGUUCGGCCAGGAGAUAGAUGCUUUGUACUGAAGGCACGCAUCAAGUUCAAGAAGUCGAUGUCACGAUAAAUCAUCCAUUCGAUUCGCCUGUCUAAAGAGAAGUUGCUGGGCCAAUCGAUACGUGUGUUCAUAUCCAAUCUUCGCGACGAAGAGCCCGUCACCCAUCCCCUUGGGACAGAAUAUGGAAAUGCAAUUCGUCACCAUCAAUCUUCCCAUCUCUAUUUCGUCCGCCCAUCUCUGGCUCGCCAUUACCCCUUCAAGGAAAGGUGCCGGGAGGUUUUCACACACAAGAUGUCGAGGCAUGGAGCGGAAUUCAACACACUGGUUAAGAUCGCCUUCACAAGUCAGCCACGGAAGGUUCAAACAUUAGGACGAAACUUAUACUUAAAAGAGGCGGAAUGUCUGAUAUCUAUUAUUGCAUAUACCCUA